CGCAGCGUUGUCAUCGGAUUGCGGCGACCGGGGAAGUCAAGAUGCGCGGUUGCAACUUCGCAAAGCCUCUCCGAUGAUGCCGGCCCAUCAGCAGGGUCCAGAAGUUUCCGUCGCAGCGGAAGACAACUCUCACGAACGGCCCGACAGUGUCGAGAGACAAACGCGUACCAAUGGCCUGAAGCCGAAAGCGUGCAACAAUUGCAGACAGCAGAAGUUGAGGUGUGAGUUAACGAAGCUCGACACUCCUUCGUCAAAUGCCUGUUCGCGCUGUCAAAGGCUGGAGCUGGACUGCAGAGUAGACGAUACGUUCAAGAGGACGCGGAAGCGGAAGAUAUCCGCCGAGUUGGAGCAAGAAAUAAACAAACUCAAGCGCCAGUUGUCCGUCUAUGAAGGCAAUGUUGUUACGGACUCGGCUGCCCCUGCUGUCCCAGACCCUGCAGCGCUCUCCCUUGCUGAAGGGGUCGGUCUUCAUGGCGACAAAGACAGAAGCGCAAACGAGGACCCCGAGGACUUAUCAGACCCUCUGACGAACCGGAUUUUCUCGACGACGGUACCUGGUGGAAUGUCUCCAGACUCUCCUGAUGGAUCGUGCUUGCCAGGAGCAACCACAAUCCCAAAGAGCGGUCUACUCGAUAGUGGUUCCACCAGCAGGGGAAAGGUGAUCGCGUCGCGGAAUUUACGCGACAUUGAACUCUCCUCAGAUGUGAUAAAUGACCUGUUCCGCAUUUAUUUCUCGCAUUACCAUGCAUAUCUACCAUUUCUUGACCCGGGAGUUUCUCCCGCCCAAUACUACGAUAAUUCGACUCUGCUAUUCUGGUCCAUAAUUUCCGUCGCAUCUCGUCGAUAUCAGUCAGACCCCACUCUCUUGACGAGGCUCGCUCGAGCGGUGACAGAUCUCUUGUGGAAGUCCCUGCAGACAAUUCCACAUUCCCUCGGUGUGAUCCAGAGCUUGGUCCUUCUAUGCACCUGGCCCUUCCCGACGAGCAGCAGCACAACUGACCCGACUUACAUGCUCUCGGGGAUGAUAAUACAGCUUAGCAUUCAGAUGGGCCUCCACCGGCCCAGAAGCCCGCUUGAUUUCACCAAGUUCCGCGUUAAGCUCAGUCCUCGCGAGAUUGAGGAGCGGCAACGGGCAUGGAUUGCUGGCAACGUCGUCACCCAAAGCAUAAGCUUUGGGGUCGGACUUCCCACUCCGGCGCAACUUUGUGACUGGUCGAUCGUCGCGUCUUCGCUCGAGGGUUCCUGGAUAGAUGAAGAUUUGCACGCUCAUUUGAGAUGUGCUUCGACGUGCAACAGGAUAUCCCAAGCACUCACCUCGAAUGCUUCGGACCCGACCGGGCUUUUAUCAACGCGGGAGAGGGUCCCUCUGUAUACGAUUUUCAAGCAGGAGAUCGUCGACCUGGAAAACAGCAGGGUCUGGACUACAGCCAACACCGCAUUCUACCUCCACGUUGUCAAGCUCCACCUCCACGCAUUCUAUCUUCUCGAUGACCCGCCAGCUCUAGGCUAUCUAGAACGUAUCAUAACGCUCUAUUCCACCGCGACAGCGAUGAUCGAACAUGUUCGUGACCGAGACAGCCAAUCCCACGGGUUCUUGCAAUUCUGUCCACUGUUCUGCUACGAAGCCUUCCUCUGCGCAGCCUUCAUUUUGCUCAAAGUUGUGAAGAACGAUUACUUUGCUGCGAUUAUUGACGCAGGUUUGGGGAAAAAGCUCAUCAAUUUUUCCGUCUCAGCACUGAGGAAAAUGUCAGUGGCCAAUAAUGACCUGCCAGGGAGACUCAGCGAUGUGCUCGCCUACCUCUGGACGCAUCCAAAUCCGUCUAUUCUUGGUGGCAGCGGUAUCGAUGGACUUCAGUUGAAGGUCAGAAGUCGAAUGAGUAUGAGCGUUGUAUACGACUCGCUGUGGAGAUGGCGGGAGCAGUUUCGUACCGAAGUCGAAAGCGCCGAGUCGCAAGAUCUCAACAAUGAUGCGGCUGCAACCGCCGGCCUCAGCGAAGGCUUUGACAACGCCUUUGACCUGACGGAGUUGAAUGGCAUAUACUUGGAUGAUCUUCAAAUGGACUGGUUUGCGUAGUCGUCGGCAAGACAUCGGGGUUCAGUGAAGUCGGCUGCUCAGUGCUCAUCAUACGUCCGCCAUCAGGCGGCCAAAUUGGCCCCCUACCAAACAAGUACGAUCGCCAAACACCGUUUGUUUGUACGAAAGUGCCACUUUCCGGAGAGUCUUCCUUUUACUACCAGCUGGGUACGUUGGUACCGGAUUAGGGGUGGUGUUGGUCUGCAUGGUAGGUUGGCUUUCCGUGUAGCAAAUGGAUUACAAUUGUGAUACUGGUCUAACUCGACAUAGACGUCACUAGAACUGCCUUGAAGCUGUAUAUAACAUAUCCAUUUGAGAGCUUAGCGUCACUCCAAAUGCGCCGUGGUCUUGGUUCGGACAGGCGCAUCACAGCCUCUGCCUGCCAGCAUGGCUAGAUCCUUAUCUACACUUUGCUGUAAAGACUGCCGCCUGCUGCAGCAUCGAUUGCGGUAGCUCGUUCCAGACCCACGAUAGAAAACAGCUUCUUUGGAGUGAAAUCACCAGGGACUCCGGUCCGCCCUGUCUUCUUGACACGCUCGAAAGCGUCACGCAUCGCAUAAUACGCAGGUGCAAUCGCGAGGAACGGGAAGAUGAUGAUGCGGAAUCCAAGCUCUUGCGCUUCUUCCGUCGUCCACGACGGCGUGGCCCCGUUCUCAACCAUGUUCAGGAGGACAGGUGUGGGCGCGAGAACCUGGCAUAUGGUCCUGGCUUCCUCCUUCGAAGUUAUGCCUUCAAGAAAUGCGAC